CAAUUGCACCUCAUUCGCUGAAUACUGACAUCAACUGCCCUCAACCCCUCGCGCCUGCCGUUUCAGCACCAGAACUGGGAAGGAGCUCGAUAUAGACACUAAUUCGUUCAUCUAUCACCUACCGAGGGAGACGUCUUGAAAGCUGCCGACCUAGUGACGGGUGACAGCUGCACUCUGCCCUUAGCAUCCUUACACGACAUCCAACUGUCCGACACGGUCACGACUUUGGCCCACGACUUCGGCCGCCACUAUCACCAUGGUUCGACGCGCUCUCUCCGCUGCCCUCGCGGUAGCAGCCUUCUCUGCGACUGCCCUAGCUAGCAUUAAAUGCGGGCCUGGGAAUAACUGUCCGGCAGACACGCCGUGCUGCUCCCAGUAUGGCGAUUGCGGUGUAGGCGCAUUCUGCUUGGGCGGCUGCGACCCGCUGUUCUCUCACAAAAUGGACUCGUGUGUGCCUAACCCCACGUGCAAAUCCGCAGACUACAAGCUGAAGACCCUCGACGAUGUCAUGUCCAUCGACAAGUAUCUCGGAGACGCGUCUACUAUCAACUGGCAGUCGCAGGGCAAGCCCGUUAUCUACAAUGACGCCCUUCUAUUGACCAUGGCCGAGGGCACCGUGGGAACGUUGCUGGCCUCCACGCACUAUGUCUGGUACGGCAAGAUUUGCGCCAAGAUGACGACGAGUCAAGGCAGGGGCGUCGUCACGGCCUUUAUAAUGAUGUCUGACGUCAAGGACGAAAUCGACUUCGAGUUCAUCGGUGUGGAUAUCGUGAACGCCCAGUCCAACUACUACUCGCAAGGCGUGACAGUGUAUACCAACGAGAAGAACCUGACGGUCGGCAACACAGUCGAGAAGGUGCACGAAUACUGCAUCGACUGGAAACCUGAUGAGCUCCACUGGAUUAUCGAUAACAAAGACAUGCGCACCGUCAAACGCUCCGAUACGUGGAACAAGACCUCGAACCGCUUCGACUACCCGCAAACCCCUGCUCGCAUCAUGCUUUCGCUCUGGCCCGCUGGUCUGCCAAGCAACGAGAAGGGAACCAUCGACUGGGCCGGUGGUGUAAUCGACUGGAACUCGCAGUACAUGCAGAACGGGUACUAUUAUGCCAUGGUCUCAGAAGUCACCGUGGAGUGCUACGAUCCGCCCUCCGGUGCCCAGGUCAACGGAAAGAAGUCAUACAAGUACACCGAUAAGGCCGGCACGAAUAACACCAUCAAAAUCACCGACGAUGAGGUCAUCCUCAGCUCCUUCUACGCCACGGGCGAGAACCCCAAAGAGGGCGCCUCAUCCGUCAGCUCUGGCGCCAAGCCCACCAAAUCCGUCGAAACCGUUCCUGGAGGUCUCUCGGGUGGUGGUAACCGUGGUGAAGACGCAUCGUCGGCUGUCAGCGGUGCGGCCGCAACAGCAACAGCCUCUGGAGCUGCAGCGUCAGCGUCAGCCGGCGGCGGCCAAAACUUUGAACAAGGAGGCGGCAACAAGGGCGCCGGAACAUCUCUCGAACCGGGACUCGGAAAGAUGAGCGGGUCUGCGCUCGCCGUGGUCGUUGCCGUCCUCGGUCUGCUUGUCCUAUGACCUGGUCCUUCCGUGAAAUAGAGUCUGUCUGCGUCUCCUCACUCCCAUGUCGCUGAUUUAUGAGCACAUCAUCGCCGUGUCUGGUUUCAUGUCAUUCC